CGUACACGAGUUAAAUCGCUCACUCGAGUAAAAAAGCUAAAGCAUCAGACAGGGCAUAUGCAUGCAGAUGAAAGAAACAAAACAAAAAUGAAGUUUUUUUAAUUAUCGCUUCAUUUUUUGGAAAUACCAUUCUGUCAUAAAAUGAACAAUUACGGAGAAACAGAUUAUACAUCUGUAAAUAACAUAUCAGUGCACUCUGCUGGUGUUGGAUCAUUUUCACCUUAUCUGAAUCUUGACCCUUCGUUCCUAUCACAGGAUGGCGGAGCAGAAUUUGUGUUCGCUGAAGAUUCUCAUAAAAAACGUGGAUGGGGUGAACGAAUGUUCUCAAGUAUAGGAACGUCUUACAUGGCAGGUUUGACAGUUGGUGGAGUGUGGGGAUUUGUGGAAGGAGUUAGAAGACCAGACGGUAGCACGUUUAAACUGCGUCUUAAUAGUGUUUUAAAUGGAUGUACUAGAAGAGGACCAUUUUUGGCAAACAGUCUAGGAGUUGUUGCAUUAAUGUAUGGCUGUACGAGUACUGCUAUUGAAAAAGCUCGGGGUGUGGAAGAUGAAUACAAUUCAAUCGCUGCGGCUGUAACUACUGGUGUGUUAUUUAAAAGCACAGCUGGCCCACGUGCUAUUGCAAUCGCAGGCGGACUUGGUGGAGGUGCAGCUCUUCUUUAUUACGCCGGAAGCAAACUAUGGAAUAACCGUGGUCAAACAUGGAAUACAUCGCAACCAAAUUGGGCUUGAGAUAAAGAGACGCAAGGAUUUUAAUGACUAAUAAUGAUUUGUUUUAUAUUUUGUAAAAAUUUGAUAUAUGUCGAUUGAAGAUCAAAUUUUUUUGCAAAA